CCUCCUUCUCCUCCUCCUCCUCCUCCUUCUCCUCCUUCUCCUCCUUCACCUCCUCCCUCUACUCCUCCUUCUUCUCCUCCUCCUCCGGCUCCUCGUCCUCGCCUCGACGACUCUUGCUCCUCUUCGUCGGCUCAGUUCCUCGACCGACUCGAUCGAACCGUCGAGGCGCGCAGGACUCGACGUCUCGGCGUCACUCUGGCCGAAUCGGAACGAGAUCUCGACACGCAUGACGUCGAAAAGACGAGCGUUGAACAAGACCGCGAUCGCUGCCUCCGACACAUGCAACGCGCCCAGCGUCAGCGCCACCUUCACCUGCAACAGAUCGCCGACGCCAAUGCCAACGUCAACGCCAACGUCAACGCCAAUGCCGACGCCGACGGCGCCGACGUUGUCGAGGGGCAGAAGAGCGUGGACGAGGCCUACGGUGCGUGGCUUCGAGAUUGGCAAUUGUAUCGAGACGAAGUGUUGACGCCGCGGUUGCAAUUGCUGUCGCGAUUGGCCGAUCUUGAGGCGGAUCUGGCCGAAUGUACCGGUCGUCUGAAUCAGCUGAUCGAGUACACGUGCCGAGAGACGAGCGCCAAGGCGACGGCGAUUGCGGCGGUUGGGAGGAUCGAGAAAGCGGCCAGUUUGACAGAACGUGAACUGAAGCAGAUGCGCACCAUCCGAUUGGAGGUGGAGGGCAUGCGGGAUACCGUCCCGGUCAGUCUGAAUGAUAUCAUUUUGGUAUUUUUUCCUCGCUUGUUCAGGCACCAUUUUGAUCGGAUCCGAACUGAAAAUGUCAGAAUUCAAUGCAGAAACACUGAAAUUGCUGUUUUAUUCCAGAAUUAG